AUGCCAUGUCAAAUGAAACAUGCCAUGGAAACCAUGUUGCUCACGUUUCACAGAUUUGCUGGGGAUAAAGUCUACUUUACAAAGGAGGACCUGAGGAUACUCAUGGGAAAGGAGUUCCCUGGAUUUUUGGAAAUCAAAAUAUUGAAGGACCUGGACCAGUAGGAAGAUGGUUAAGUGGGCUUCCAGAGCUGCUUUUUGCUAAAUGCUGGGCUCACUAUUGAGUGCGAUGACUGUUUUGUGGUACACAUGAAGCAGAAGGGAAAGAAGUCAGCAUGGAGCAUUACUCCACCAUGA